CCCCUCAGACAGAAUCAUGAGAAUGUUCCCACUGAUCACUAUUUACUAUCUCUAUGUACUAACUGUCUCUAAAUAUUUUCUGUGAUAUCUAUAUGUUAUUGUUAGUAUAUAGGGAUCAGUGAAUCGAUCCGACGAAUUCUUCUGUCAGGACUUGUUCUUCUGUGAUGUCAGAUCAAGAUAGUGUUCAAGAUGUUGAUGUCUUCAAAAAUGUGUUUAAAUUCUACAAGAGUCGGAAUAAAAUCAUUGACUUGUCUGACGUUAUUGACUUCAAUGAAGUUGAUAACACACGUCAUCAUGAUAAAAUUUCCACUGUCAACUUGAAAGACAAUAUGGAUAAAGUCAUAUCACCUGAAGAUACGAUGAAGCCAAUCUGCGAGUGGGAAGCAUACAAUGUUUCUGCAUGUCCUGGGUUCAUAUUUAUAAAAAAUCCAUUCACUCCAGCCGGGCAGAGGUAUUGGAUUCAGCAGUGUUUAAGAUACUACCCGUGUAAGCCUAAUAUAUCAAAUUUAGAUGCACACGUGGCACCAAACAGCAUUGAUAAUAUGUGGACAAGAAGCAGCUAUGUAGAUACACACCAGAACAACUCUUCGAAAGACUUGAUUGAUAGACUAAGAUGGGUUACUCUUGGCUAUCAUCACAACUGGGAUACCAAGGUAUAUUCUGAAAGCAUGCGAACAGAAUUUCCACCAAACCUAUCACGGCUUUCAAAAGCAGUGGCUACAGCUACAGGCCAUGAUAAGUUUGAAGCACAGGCGGCCAUCGUAAACUUCUAUCACAUGCACUCGAGUCUCUCUGGACAUACGGACCAUUCGGAGAUUCACAUGGAAGAACCGAUCAUAUCUUUCAGCUUUGGACAGAGUGCCAUCUUCCUGCUAGGUGGCAGCACAAAAGCUGUGCCACCGGUACCGAUAAUCCUUCGUAGCGGCGAUGUCGCUGUCAUGGCGGGAGCCUCAAGAUCAGCCUAUCACGCCGUGCCGCGUAUUCUCCCGACGGAUAACUGUCACGUCGCCGAUCUCUAUCACGAUUGCACUGCAGCUGACGAAGCGUUCGGGAAGUACAUUGCAUCGGCGAGAAUCAAUAUUAACGUGAGGCAAGUGCUGCCACCUGGACAGAAGUUUAUGAGUAGCGGUGAUGGGUCGGCGACGACGUGAUUGCUAUCGCGUGACAACCGUGAGGUGUACGACGAUUCUUCAUGGAAUGUGAUUAAUUUAUAAUGUGAACAUUGGUGAACUGCAAGGAUUUGUGAUUUUUUAUAACUUAUUCCAGAACAUGAUCUGGCUGCAUGGGAACCAUUUGGGAAAGAAUUUUAGUAGUGACUCUUUAUUCUGAUUACAGUAUUAUAUAUAUUGUUGACUAACAAAUGAAUUGUAAUAUAUAUUGUCAAUUUGAAAAAAGUAUU